AUGGACAUAGAAACAAUCACUUCACCGAAAACGUAUCGUAAAAGCUAUUUGAAUGUUUGUCCUUCCGAUGAAGCAGGACUUUUAAAAUACUCUUCUACGACUUCAGCCCCACGAUUAACGACUAAAGUAGCUGUCAAAGCGGUCCCAUCCUCAAUGAUGCACAUCAGUAAUAGCUCACCAAAAUCCCACCAAGAAACUGAUCUGCAGUCAGUUGUUUCGAAAUAUCAUGCAAACCCAGAGUUAUUAAAACUCAUUUUGGCUAGUAAAGUGGAAGAGGAUAAGCGUAGAACCGAAGAAGCUAAAUUAAAAGCAAAAGAAAUCGAUUUAUAUUUUCAACAACAACAAGAAAAAGACGAAACCAAUCGGAAAAGCCUAAUAUAUCCCAAAGAGCCGCAAGAAGAGCGACGUAGACGGUCUUCUUGCAGUAGUACCAGCAGUAACGGUAGUACGGCUAAUACAACAGGUGCGGUUGAUUCGAUUCACCGAAGAAUCGCGCCUUAUUCAAUCCCAAGGCCAAUUGCUGUUAGUGAUAAUAGCCAUCGUCGUCAUUCAUCCAUCUCCACUGCAUUAGUGUCUAUCAAUAGAUUAUCAAUUAAUAAUAGUAACAAUAAUAAAAACCAGCAAAAAAUAGCUAUAGCCUCAUCAGCGCCUUCACCGUCAUCACAAUAUUUGUAUCCUCCAAGUAAUGGUAUCCGUAUAUCACCAGAUACCAAAAUUACACCACCCGUCAUAAAGGCAUCGCGUAGAAGACGAUCAAUGCAGGCUAUCACAAAAAUCGUCGAAACAGUCGAGUACCCGUACGAUGACGGGCAUUUUUGGAAGAACAAUGGUAAUACAGUACAAAAGAAGACUGGGUGCAAGAGCGUCUACUACAAGUGCGCAAAUAGCUGCAAGGGAUGCCCUGUCAACAAGACAGUUGUAGAACAAUUGAAUGGGAGUUACAUGAUUAAAUAUAGAGGUGAUCAUGUUGCUGAAUGUUCCCAAGUUGAACAUAUUAGAGAUUUGUAA